CGUUUGUGUCGUCACCGUCGAUUUUGAAAAAAAAAAAAACCUUCCAAAACAACCAGAUGUAGAAGACUGCGAGCGACAUGAUGACGAGAACCGACGAUGAAGGCAUGGAUAAUGUAAACAAAUUGUCUGUCGGGAAGGAAAACCUUGUGUGGGAUUUCUGUCGAGACUGGUUUUGACCCUCGUCGGCUGUUUACUCGGACUAAGAAAUCUUUCUGCAAGUCAUGGGAAUUCGAGAGACCUUGAAUAUAACGGCCCUGAUGCUCCUCCUCGCUCUUUUACCUGAAACAGCCAAUUCGACUCCCAUUCUGCAUGUGAAACGUGACUCCCCAGACCCCAAGGAUGAGUUUACUGGAGGUCAGGAGGUCAUUGGAGUUCAACAACAAUCAACUGUGCCACUCUUCUUAAGGUGUUCCGUUGAAUUUCGAGAGCAGCUCCGACAAGACAGCUAUCUGCAGAGAGAGAAAUAUCAAAUCCCGACCUUCAACCUUCAGUUUACGAUUCGUCCUCCACCGGGAUCCCCUCAAGAGCACCCUCCCAGGUGUCACAUGACUACUCAAGACUUUCGCAGCAAGCUGAGCUCUUUGGAAGGGUCAGAACUGACCGUCUUUUUAGUUCUGCAAUGCCAGAUUCCGAGGACCGAAGUCGUGUUGGUGGAUAAUGAUAAGAAGGUAGGAGGAGAUUAUCUGCCUCGUGAAUAUGGAGAAGCUGAUGAUGAUGGUGAUGGUGACGACGAAAGCGAAAACAGUAACAAAGGAGGUGCAAACGACAGCAGCACCGCGGACCAGCACCAGACGUUCUCUCGUUAUAUCUCGUACCUUCGCGUUGAAAAAGUGUCAGAUCUCGCUGGAGGUUGUCAACGCCGUCUCCGACCUGACCGAUCUGCGAGUCAUGAUCAUGUACGACAGUGGAAUCUCCGACUUUCCUAAGGUCAGGACCGACCAGCGCCGAUGUCACGGCUUUCAAAAUGUCGUAUCUCUAGCCAUCAUGAACGACUGGGACACAUCAGACUACCUGCAGGACAUACAGUACUGCGGCAACAAUCUCGAGAACGUGGUGGAGAUGGCCUUGAACAACGACAGCCUGGUGUCAUUUCCGGAUCAACUGAAGACGAUCUUCCCGAACCUGACGUCACUAGAGGUCAACAACAACAGUCUCACGUCACCGAUAGAGUUUCCUUGGAAGAGAGGGUUUUUCAGGCUCCCGCGGAACCUCUCUCGACCUGCGCUCCACGACGAUAAGUACACUUACUCAGGCUCCCUGCUCGUCCCUCCCAACACCUUCCGUCGCGAGUUUUUGCUUGAUUGGAACAGGAUCACCAAUCUGACGCACUUCCGGUUUAGCAGUGACUUUCAGUACAUUUCCUUGCAGUGGAACCGCAUGAGGACCAUCGCCGAAGACACGUUCCGCGACGUCACCAGCCUGCAGUUCCUCAGCCUGGCCCACAACGAGCUCACAUCCCUUCCCGCGAACCUCUUCGCAAGCUUGACCAACCUCACGAGGCUGGAUCUUCAGAAUAACCUCUUGCAGAGUCUGCCUGCCGGCAUUUUCGGAAACCUAAGGAAUCUGAAGCAGCUGAACCUGGAGAGCAACAGACUGGCGGUGUUGGAGAGUGGACUGUUCGCCAACCUGGUACGACUGGAAGUCCUGCUGCUUGGAAAAAACAACAUUUCUGUGGUGUCAGACGGAGCUUUUUCUACUGCUUAUCCAUCAAGCUCAACACCGUGGAUCUGCAAAGCAAUCCGACCCUGGCGCAGCUGUUUGAAGUGCAGAGAAUCCUACCAUCCAGCGGUUCAUCAACCUCCGGGAAAGCCGGAGAACCAAAAGAUUGUGACUUUUCGAGAGAGCGGGCUGCGCUCCAUAACAUUUUACAACGCCAGCGAUGAGGCGUUCAACACCUUCGUGUUGCUGCUCAAGCACUUUAACUUCGUGACAGGCGCUCAGUGGCGCUGUGACUGCAACAUUCUGAACGCGACCCACGCACUGAGAUGGCUGCUAAUGACGGGUCACCUUACUGGAGAAGAGGGAUCUGUCGGCGGGUGGGUGUGUGGGUGGCCGGAGGAGCUGGCCAUCCAGAAGAGACCGCUGAUUAGUCUGCGAGACGAAGAUACAUACUGCCCCCUAGCGGAAGACAACAACGACUCUUGCCCUCACCCUUGUGCUUGUUACGUUCGCGCCCGAGUUGGGACCGUCAUCGUGGACUGUCGACACAAGAACAUAACGUCACUUCCGGCACAGGUCCCUCUUGCCGCGAGCGAGCUGUGGCUGCAGAACAACAACAUCGAAGAGCUGCAGGGACGGCCCUACCUAAAGCAUGUCCAUGUCCUGAAGGUGAGCAGCAACAGGCUGCAGGCGUUGCAUAGAGACAUCCUCCAUCUCAUGACGUCACUUCAGAUUCUACAUGUGGAUGACAACUUGCUGACAGAACUGCCGCCAGAGGUCGCAGAAGAUGCAGGUGGCCGCCUUUUACGCGAAGUACGGCUAAGUGGAAAUCCUUUCCGCUGCGACUGUCGAACGAGGUGGAUGAAGAACUGGCUGCUGAUCAGCCAGGAAAACGUCAGUGACUGGAUGAACGUCAAGUGCAGUGAUCCGAACGCAGACGGCAGGGUGCUGAUCAGUGUCCCGGACGAAAAGUUCAUUUGCCGGAUCACCACCGACCCCAGCACUCGCCUGACCAUGUCAGUCAUUUGCACCCUGACAUCCUGCUUUUUGCUCUUGCUGCUGCUUAUCGUCGCCCUCGUCAAGCGACAACAGCUGAAACUGUUGGUAUACGUCUACACCGGUCUACACCCGUUCGACCUGGAGAAGGUCGACAAACCCGCGCUCUAUGACGUGGCGGUCUGCUGUGCCCCCGGCACCCGGGAUUGGAUCCUAGACAAGGUGGUGACCCGCUUCGAGCAGGAGCAGGCUUACCGUGUCUUCUUCCACAGCAGAGACGCUUUCCUGGGGUUCGCCAUCAGCGACAAUGUACGACACUGUAUGAACAACAGUCGACGGUUGGUGGUGGUGCUCGGCAAAGGUUGGCAGGAGGAGGAGGUUUUGGUGGUAGCCGCGCGACAAGGACUGGCUAAAUGCCGCAAGGACCUGGUCAAUUUUCUAGUCGUCGUCCUGCACCAAAUGACAUGCCGGGACAUCCAUGUCAAAGAGGUUCGGCAAUUCAUCGCCAGAGGGCGCUUCAUUACCACAGAGGACAAACAUUUUUUCAAGAAGCUAGCCUACGAAAUGCCGCAUCUUCGCCACAGAGAGCAUCACGUGCAGGCUGGGACGUUGCCGAGGCAACCGGAGGUCAUUAGUCUCGGUGGACGUGUAGACGCUCAGAACGUUGCGGCAGUCGCGGAAAACGAACAUAACGCGUUUCUAGAACGACCGCUCAGUUACUUUAAUCAUCGCUCUCAAUUUUAUCGAACCUGUCAUCAUCUUCCACAUUCCCGAGCUCUCUUCUCUCACAGAAAAGCUCUGCUGCAGACAGUUGUCUGCAAGCCAUGGGGCUUCAGUGGCAGUCACCGCUUUGCAGUCAAACCAACAGAUUCUGGUGAAAAUAUUUCAGAUUCUCAUGUGAGCAGGACUGAUUCUGGUGUAAAUAUUUCAGAUUCUUGUUUAGAUAAUACGGAUUGUGGUGAAAAUGAUACAGAAUCUUGGUCAAAUGAAACACACUCUGGUCCAAACACUCGAGAUUCUGCUGCCAAGGAUCGAGAUUUUCCUCUCCUUAUCUUUCCUCCUGGCAUCGUCCUACCGAACAGUCUGAGAGUACCUGCCAGGUCCGGCCAGGAGGAGCGGGAGGAGAGGAGAAAGUCCAUCUUCGUGUGGUGCUCGGAGGCUGACCUCGAGCCGACUCUUGUCACCGUGGUGGCGCCGCUGGAAGAAGCUGGACACCGCUGCAUCCUGAAGGACAGGGACUUUCUCGUCGGUCUCAGCAUCCAGGAGAACAUCGUGCGGGCGGCCGAGGCCUGCCAGCGCGCCAUUUUCGUCCUUUCCAACGCCUCCUGCGCAUGCGGCUGGUUGCUCUUCGCCUUCCACGUGACCUUUGACCGCGGCCUGCAGUCACGUGACCAGCGCGUGCUCCUGCUCUGCCGCCGCGGGCUGGACGUCGGGCGGCUGGUGAUGGAGGUGCAGCACGCUGUGCGGACGACGGUUGUGCUGUGCGAGGACGACCCGUGGUUCAUGCAACGUCUGCAACGUUUGUUAGCUGCGACACCAGCAACAUCUGAUGGACUAACCUCCUGCUUAUCUGCACUCGAGCGAUGAAAGUGAUGAUAAAGCCACAGAUGUGUAAGUGUCAAAGAGAUGGACGGGGAUUCGCGCACGUGCGUGUAUGUAUGUAAGAGAGAAUGGGGAAGAACUUACUGCCUGUCGGUGUGACUAGGUUUGAGAUUCCUCUUUAAACUAACCUGCAUAAAAGGAUAAAAAUUCCUGGACACGAACCUGCGGUAAAUAAAACUUCAGGUCUGAGCUCGAUAAUGCAAUAACGGUCAGUCAGACGUACCCAGGGUGGAGUGCAAACAAAGCAGAGAAAUCGGAGCAGGUGUACGUAGGUGUGGCAUCCAUACAUGUGUUUCAGGUGAGAGAAACCUCACAACUACACCUGAGAAUUGCGUUUCAGUUGUGACUUAGUCGUCUGCGAAUGUAUUUGUUCAGGUGUAUCCAUCUUGUGCACCCGAUAGUCACUGUGAUGCACAAGCCAAACUCCCUCAAACAUUCCAAGAGUUUGUUCAGUGAUAUGGAUAUACAUCCGUGUGUUGUUGUUGUUGUGUGUGUGUAUUUGUGAGAUUUGUGUGUCCUUGGAAAAUAAGUCAGCGCGUGCAGAGAAUGAAUGUGUGAGAUGGUUGUGUUUUCAUUAAGCUCUUAAUAUUAAAGACAUAGUAAGGCGCAAAUUUCUUCGUUAUGAUUAAAAUUCCAUUUAACAACAGUUUUCCAAACUCUAGGUAAAUACUCCAGUGUUCAUAGAUACCGGCUACAAACAUCACCUUUCACAGAAAGACAUCAUCAGCCGUUAUCAGUCAACAGACGUGAGGACUGUGGCACGGAUAUUUUAACGUUUAUCUUCAGCCAAUGGGACAGCUUGAAACACAGAUUAAUUAGACAUGUCAGUAUUUUUUAGCACUGUGAUGUUUGUAAUAAUGUAUAUCGUGAUUUAUAUCCUCAUGUAUACGAUGUAGAAUCCUGAUUAGUCGCUUUGACUCUGACCGCUGCACGGCGUCUGUCGCUGUAUCACAACUGUCCCCACUGGUCUUCCUGUCAAGUUGUGGACUUUGGCUGUGAAGGUCUCAUCUGUUGUAUUUUCUUUCGUUUGACAUGAUAUAGCUACCUUUACACUAAAUACACAAUCAAGAUAAAGCACGCCAUCCAUUACAAGCAUAAAUAUCGUUCAUUUGUAUUGUUAAUGUGAAGUAAGUCUGCAUUUGGGAUGUACAGAAGAAAUUUAAGAAUAAACCAGUGUUUUGUA